AUGUCGGGUAGACCAAAAAGAGCAAAUGCUGGGAAGCGAUCGUUGGCUGAUGAUGAUUAUUCGACACCAGUGCCGAAACCCCGUCGCGAGACAAUCACCCCGCCAACCACCAUGGGGCUCACCGGAAAGGUGCUGAAACCCAGAGGAAUCAAGGGAAGGCCCAGAAAAUCUUCUCCAGCCGGCUCCACGGCCUCUUCAUCGUCCCGAUUGACAGCUGAGACGCCAAAAAUGCCACCGCCAAAGGCCGCAGCCGCCUCGACCAGGUCCAAGAAAUCCCGGAAAAAGCGCGACUACACUGACUACUACAGUGAGGCCGAGGACACAGAGGAGGAGAGCGAUGUCGAUGAUCUCAAACAGUCUUUUGAUGAAGAUGUGCUGGAGGAUGAGCGCGAAGAUUUGGACCUUGGAUCGAUUGAUGUCGAGGAUGAGGAAGACGACAUAGCCCCGUGGGCGAGCGUAGACCCUGAAGAUUUGCCCGAGCUCAUCCUCCCCGAAUCGAGCCAAGACCUCAAGAUCCCCGAAGAGCACAUCCUCGCCGUGACCGAGCUGCACAACUUCUACCACGUCUACGCCUACCAUCUCCAGAUCAGCCCGUGUCUUUUCGAGGAUUUCUGCACGGCUCUCGUCUCGGAGAGCAAUUCUCUACUCCUCGCCGAGCUCCAUCUGUCUCUUCUCAGGCUUAUCUGGAGAGAGGACGACGAGAAGCACGUGCAAUGUAGUGAAAAAGAGACCAUUGUCUGCUGGAAUCUGCUCACUCAAAUCGUCGAUCAGCACAAUUAUGCCGAGGUCCUUCGCCUCUACAUCCAAGCCGACCAGCGCUACCCGCAAGACCUGGCCGAAUCGAUCAAGACCCGCGAUUAUCCCUUUUCCCCUGUCUCGCUUCGUUUGGAGGUUUUGCAAUGGCUGCAGAGCUGCUUCCUCCAAAGCGCCGUCUUCAAGCAGAUCAUCAAGGAGGAGGGCAAAAUAAUGUCGGAAUCGACGUGUAGGGCGUGUGGAAAGCUGGGAGACAUUGUGAUGUGUGACAGUUGUGACGCGUCGUACCAUGUGAAAUGUCUGCAAAAGGAUCAGCAGCCGAAUCAGGAUAAGGAGAAGGAGAAUGACCCAUGGUAUUGCCCGAUAUGCACCAAAGAAAGGUGUCGCGGUCUGUCGGAUUGUCUUCCAUUUGGUGUGACGGCUGACAAAUGCCCGAUUCGAAUCCCGACCCUCGGAAAGGAUCGCCAUGCCCGUAUCUAUUGGUUCAUCGCUCGCCGAAUCUUUGUUCAUGAUCCUGAGAAGAACGCCGUCCACUACUAUUCGACGUUGCCCCAGAUACACGAGUUGCUGUCGAGGCUUGAUGGCGAGCUCUAUGAAAAGGAUCUGAUGGCCACUUUUGAUACAAUCCACAUAGACAUCAUCGAGCAAAUGUCGAUCACCGUCGAGCUGACGAAUGAGCGACGGAUGGAACGGGUGCAGGUCGCCUACGCCGCUCGAAAGGAAUUCCAGGACGCCGUGCUCAGCCUUGACAAUGCCAACCGUGCGGCCCGUAUCCUAUCAACGCGAAAAGAAGAGGGCAUGGCUCCGAUUGUGGCUAAACUUGAGCCAAUGAUGGGUCUCUCGGAGGGAAAAUGGACCAGCCCAUUCUGGAUUGGAAAUCUUGAAGCCCCAACCUUCUGCCGCGAGACUGGCAAUGGCCCCGACCUCCUGGCCAAUGGCUAUCGUCUCGGUUUUGAUGAUCUGGUCGUCUUUGGCUAUGUUAACUAUCGAAACGACGACCUCGCCAAGCCCCAUGCUCAACGAAAACGGGAAGCAGAUCGCAAGAAGUACCUCAGCAUGAAAUUCUCUUUCGAUGAGUUCCCAUUCAAGUGGGUCGAAGGCCCGUCGAUCGGCCAGAACUACAACAAGGCGUCCACAUUCAGCGUCCUCAAAGAGACGAUGAUCAAGCUGCAAAAUGACGUGCCAAUCGAGCUCUUCCAUCGCCAUUGGCCUGGUUAUGAACCCCUUUGGCUAAAGGGAUUUGAUGAGCGAAAUGUUCGCUGUCUCCGCGAAGCCCUGAUGCAGCUGGAGUGCGGCUUGAGAAAGCCGCUUUUCCUCCAGCAUUGGUGGAACGGCAUUGGGACGACCCGCUUUCUCCGCACCACCCAGGAAGAUCGGGACGAACGGUCAAAAACUGAAGAACAGAGGAGGAAGCUCGAAAAGGCGCUGGCCCUGCAGAACCCCGACGAGACGGACGACUUGAUUUGGGUGCAAUUCGCGAAGCUCGGCGGCCUGCCAAAGCACAAGCUCUGGAAUCUGCGGGACGAGCAAUAUCGGCUGAACGGCAAGGGCGCGUUGGGUGGAUGGGCGUGGGUUGGAAAAACGUAUCAAAAGAGAUAUGUCCCAACCCCGAUCUACAGCAAGGAGGAGAUGAUCAAUGGGCUUGACAUCAAGCCGUCAAAGGGCAAACCGCCGAAGCGAAUUGCCGACGUGCUGAAGAAGCUGGUGAAAUGGCGCGACACCGAGGAGGAUUCUGCCGUCUCUGGCAUCACGAAUAACGCCGAAAAUUGGCGCUGCAAAUCUCCAUCUUGCCCGGAAAACGACGAGCAAACACUAGAAUUGAAUGGAGGCGUGAAAACGUGCUCGACCCCGAAAUGCCGUGAGAUCAAGGCGGAAGAGGAGGACAUCGAGGUCGACAUCAGGCAUGAUUUCAUCAUCCCAGCGGAGACAAUCUGCUCAAGUUGCCCGGGUAUCGUCGUGGCCAAGGAUCCCCUCCAACAGCCAUCCAUUGUCGCGCCGAAAGUGCUGGGUGAAGAAGAGCCAUUCCCACUCCCCAAGCCCUUCUCAUUCCAACGAUCAAAUGGCACCGAGAGUCUGCUCGCCCUUCCCUAUCGAUAUCUCAAGAUUCUCGCCAGACAUGGAGGGCUCAACCCAGCAUUCUUUUGCCCCGGAUUCAGCAGGGCUGGAAAGUCGAACAUGCACGCGUGGAACUACCCGUGUGCCCGGCCCCAAUACGAACUGUGCUGGAAAUGGGCGACACAACACGCGAAAUCGAUGCAAGUGCUGGGCCUCUACCUCCGAAUCCUUCAUGCCUGUAUCCGAUGGGGAGAUAUGCAAACAGUGACUGAUGAAGAGGAGAAACACAAGAGAUUCCAUCUACAUCUUGAUGAUCGCGAUGAGACACGAAUUGUCAUCGGCCACAAGGAGAUGCCUCCGGAUGGAUACUAUGAACGGUAUCAAGUUCAAGUGGACAUAACAAUGGUUGACGAUGACGAUGAUGAUGGCGCGGAUGCGGGCAGCAGCUCCAGGAGCCGAAAGAAGAGGUCGAUGACGAUGAAGCGGUCGGAUCUGAGGGCUCGAGGCCCGAAACGAAGCGAGACUCGCUGGAUUGACGGUGUCGAUCUGAAGCUCUGGGAAAUUACGGCCUACUGGCGAAAGAAAAAUGGCGGAAAACCGGGAGGACGGUCUGAUGGUCACUAUCGCCCGCAGCCAAUCUCUCGCCAGGCGACGCAACAGCAAGGGUCCGCCAUGUCUCUCCGUCAUGCCCCAAGACCGAAGCCUGUCCAUUCGCCGGUCGACUUCACGAAGCCACGAAACCCAUCCACCAGAAGUGAGACUCCUCGUCUUCAGCCGGCCCUAACGCAUCGUGGGGUGCCCGUUGCCUCGACAUCAUCCGACACUGGCCAAUUGGUCAACAAGCUUUUGGGUGAUCGCCUCCAGCUGUCAGACGGCCGGGUGCUGAUCCGCAAGCGGCUGGCCGAUCCGCAGCUUGUUCCGCGAGGAACCUAUGCAAAUCAACAGGGCAUCGUUCAGCCUACCAAUGGAAAUCUGGAGAGCCCCUACCACCCGCCACAGGCCAAACAGCCCCGCCUCGACCCCGCCAAUGAUCAUCAACAGUACCACGCAGCCGCGGAACAGAAACCGGUGGUGCAAGCUUCUUCAUCUACCACUGUCCAAUCGAAUGCCCCCUAUAAUCUGCGACGCCAUCUACCGCCCCAAUAUCACAAGCAUCUCCUCGAACAGUACGACGAUUGCCCCGAAUUGCAUCAGGAGGCGGAAGAUGAUGAGGAGUACGUGACGAUACGCACCGGAAAGAGAGGACGGCCCCCUCGACUCAGGCAAUCGGCCGUAGAAGCAAUGAGGACGAUGGGCAAUCAGCAGCCACUCUCCAAGACGCCUCUAUCUCGUCGCCAAGUCCCGGCACCACCGUCAAUCCCUCAGCCACGAGUCCAACGCGUUCAACGGGUCCAGCACGUCCAACAGGUUCAGCAGGUCGUUCGAAAGUAUCCGCCCGGAUUCCAUCCUCUGCAAGGUCAAUAUGGAUUCCCACAACAAUACUACACGCCUCCACAAUACGGAUAUUACGAUGGAGGAGGAUAUUCUGGAUAUGGAGGACAAUACGGAACACCAGCCCCUAUCCCACAGCCAAUGAUGCCCCAUUAUUAUGUCCAAAAUAUCGACACUCCAAUGCCGACAAUACCCGAACAAGGAGAAUUGGUGAUAAGGGAGGGAAGACCUGUCGCCUCGCUCCCACCGCAACUUCAACAAGUACAGAUGAGCAACAACAAUGUGUGGAUGGCUAGGAGCUAUGGAGGAGAUCACGGAUACCCACCACCAAUCCGUCAAGUCAAAACGGAGCCCGAGGCAUAUGACGGAUAUCAUUAUGCUCAACCGAUGCCCUAUCUACAGCAACACCCUCAAUUCGUCAUCCCGCAGCCCGUCAAGCAGGAGCUGGUAGAUGUUCAACUUCAACCUCCCCCCGCGGCUGGUGAUGCUCAAUUCAACCCGAAUAUUGAGAUCAAAGAGGAGCUGGACGUGGGCGAGAUGGACGACGUUUGGAACGAAUUCUUUAUCGAUCCCCCGCCACAA